UAAAACGAAGACGAGGGCGAUACUUAAGCUUUGUGUUUUCGUUGUCAGUUCCAGACGAUUUUAUUUUUCCGUAUUGGGUGUGUCGUAAUAUAAUCUCGACGAAAAUUAUUCUCGAUUAUGUGUUAUUUUCUUCUUAUUCGAUAAAAAAAAUUGAACGUAUUAAUAGUUCAAGGAAGAAUAUAAUAAAGUGACAAAAGGUCGAUGAAGCUGAAUUCAUAGAAAUGAUGACCGAAUCAGAAAAUUAAUAUAAAUUUUUAGAAAAUUAUAUGAGAGGCUACAUUCGUUUCGUCGAUUAAAAUGCAUUCUCAAAUUAAUUGGGACGCAGAGCAUCGUCGUACAUUACUUGAGACUAAUGCUACUUUGGAACGUACAACGCAAUCACUGACAAGGUCACACAUAAUCGCAACUGAAAGUGAACAAAUAGGGACUGAAGUAAUAUCGGAAUUAGCAGGGCAAAGUGAGCGUUUAUUACGAGCAAAAAGAAGAUUGUCCCAAACGGAUGAAGAACUUAAUAAAACACGGAGGAUUUUGAAUAGAAUGAAAAUAGGAGUGUUAACUAAUAAGUUUGUAUUAUUGCUUAUUAUAGUGUUAGAAAUAGUUAUACUUGGUAUAAUUGUUUAUUUAAAAUUUUUUUAUCGAAAAUAAUAUUAACGAUUUAACGUUUAAUAGAAUAUUUAACUUGUUAAAUUCUUACGUAUUUUGAAUCAUUUUUUAUUGUAAAUAAAUUAUGAUUGAAAAUAUUUUUCAAAAUAAA